AUGAACAGCAAAUUCAACGGCAACAAGUCUCUCGACCACUCCAAGGUCAACCCCGACAAUGUAGGGGAGCGACGGCAGCACAUGCAGGCCGUCUUCAGCCACCUGGGCCUUUCUUUCAAGGAGAAAUGGCGCCAGCAGGCAGAAGAUACGGUGUGCAAGACGCUGCACGACUCGGGUUUUCAUAACUCGAGCAUCGCUUGGUUCGAGUGGGAGACUGACAAGGUGCUCUGGACUGGAAUCCUCAAGAAGAACAAGGUUCAAGAUCCAGCCUUGAAGUGGCCUUGGGACCAGAAACCAGAGCCCAGCGACCUGCGAGCUGGCUACUCUCCUGUCUACAGGAAGUGGCGUACCAGUCGCAAACUGCCUGUCGACGAGGUCGACCCUACUUGGGCCUUGAAACAUGAGGUUCCAAGCAAAAGGGAAGUCUCCAAGUCGGGCAAAUCAAAGCCCUCUUCCUCUUCAGCCGCGCCAAAAGCUCCUGAGCCUGCUGUCGAGAAGAAGUAUCCUGAGAGUGUCUCCGCCAUCAGAGACGCCCUCAAGGAUAUUCAACUUGAAAGCAAGGGCAACAAGGACAAGGCAAAGGCGAAAGCCGAUGCCAAGGCCAAAGAGGAAAAGGCAAAGCUUGCCACCCAAGACAAGCCGGUAGCAACGGCAGUGGUUAGACCCCCUGUAGUGAAGACCAAGACUGCUGGAGCACAACCGGCGACGUCGGAAGGAAGUGCAAGACGUGCCACCCAACCCCGGCUGUCACAUGCUUUGGUCACUGUCAAACCCCGUCCAGGGGAGAAUAUAGAUCAAGCUAGAGAACGUCGGGCGCGGGAAUUGGCAACGGCCGAGAAGACAGAGAAGGCUAUUGAAGCCUCUGUUCUUGCUAGGCUCGAGGCUGCCAAGACCAUCUUCAACGCGGAGAAGGUCAAGCAGGCCGAGAAGAAGGCUGCCAAGGCUGCUGAAGUCGAGGCUGCCAAAGUCCAGGAAGGCGAGCCGGACUCAAACUCGUGGGUUGAUGAGGUUGAGCAGGUCGAGGACAACACUGUUCUCAUCUCACAUCCGAAUCAUGCCGAACUUCUCAGGGACGAGUUUGGGGCUCGGAAUGGCCUAGUUUUACCUCCACCCCGGGAGGUUCCUGAACUUGGUCCUCGUCAAAUCAUUUGGCGAGGUCUCCCCAUGGAGAUUAUUGGAGGGCCCAUCUUGGGUCACUUCGAAGUCGCCCUCCCGCCAUGGAUUGACUUCCAUGAUCUCGUUUAUGGGAAGGAUAACACCUUCAUCUCAGAGGUCAGGAGAGACAAUCUUCUCGACAAGGACGUGACCAUCUCUUGGGAACUUGUGAAUGGCCGUCCUGUUUCCUUGGUUAUUGGCCCCAACCCCAACGCCACCUACGACCCCCAAGACCGUCAGCUAUGGGUACGUGUGCGCGCUGCUUGGUGGAAGGUCAUUAACUGGCUCGUAUAUGUGUAUCGAGGUCGAUGCAUUCGCCUGGUGGACUGGCUGUCUAUCAUGCAGAAGCUCGAGCUCGUGCACGGGGGCUUGCCGUCUGGUGAUGUCGAUAGCCUCAGAAAUGACUGGGAUAUCCUCAACAGUAACCAGCUGAAGGCAGCCUACGACGCCAAGAUCGAGAGGCAGCAAUACGAUCUUUGGGCCCCUGAGAUCCAUGCCAUUCUGACGGAGCCCUGCCGAAACUUGGGAGAGCUCUUUGAAGAAUGGAUUGGACGACAAGGCCCAGAGUUCGUCUUGCCACGCAUUCUAGCUGUGCGAGGUGUUUGGGCCCUUUGGCAAGCGGCCGAAGCUUGGAGCUGGACUAGUGAGCAGUUCGAAAAGCUCAACCCUUCAAUCACCGAAGCACCGGCCUAG